AUGAACGUCAUCACCAAAUCGGUCGCUUUAUUCGCAUUGGUCUCGUCAGCUGCUGCUGCUUACAGUAACUCUACUGUGGUCACAACACAAGGUACGGUGACUGGCUUCACCACCUACUGUCCUGAAAGUACCGUUUUCACAAUUACCACCUGUAAGGACAAUCACUGUUCACCAACUACUGUUUCAGUUACUGGACCUUCUACAGUGACACUUAGUGGCUCCAUCUUGCGCCCAAGUUCAUACACAACGGAUGUUACCAAGACUGGCUACACCGUCACUGACUACACCACCUACUGCCCAGAGACCACCGUUUUUACCGUUACCAAAUGCACUCAAACCGUUUGCAAGCCAUCGCCAGUUACCGUUACUUCUCCAGGUACUGUGACUGUCACCGGAACUGUUGUUUGCGAAACUCCACCUAGUCCACCUAAAUCCAGCGUUGUCGUCACCACCACUAAAUCAACCGUCAUUGGCGGCUCGAGCGUCCCCACUGUUGUUACCACCACCAAGUCAGGAGUUGCAACCACAUACACCAAGACGACGGUUACAGGAGGUACCACAGUUCCAACGGUGGUUACUACAACGAAACCAGCUCCUUCCACACCAAGCGUCGUUACCUACACCACGCCUGUGGUUGUUGGAGGCACCACUGUCUCAUCAGUUGUUGUUUCCACCCAUCCAGCUCCUUCCGCACCAAGCGUCGUUACCUACACCACGCCUGUGGUUGUUGGAGGCACCACUGUCUCAUCAGUUGUUGUUUCCACCCAUCCAGCUCCUUCCGCACCAAGCGUCGUUACCUACACCACGCCUGUGGUUGUUGGAGGCACCACUGUCUCAUCAGUUGUUGUUUCCACCCAUCCAGCUCCUUCCGCACCAAGCGUCGUUACCUACACCACGCCUGUGGUUGUUGGAGGCACCACUGUCUCAUCAGUUGUUGUUUCCACCCAUCCAGCUCCUUCCACACCAAGCGUCGUUACCUACACCACGCCUGUGGUUGUUGGAGGCACCACUGUUUCAUCAGUUGUUGUUUCUACUCAUCCAGCUCCUUCCACACCAAGCGUCGUUACCUACACCACGCCUGUGGUUGUUGGAGGCACCACUGUUUCAUCAGUUGUUGUUUCUACUCAUCCAGCUCCUUCCACACCAAGCGUCGUUACCUACACCACGCCUGUGGUUGUUGGAGGCACCACUGUCUCAUCAGUUGUUGUUUCCACCCAUCCAACUUCUCCAGUCCUGAUCCCUAGCUCAGCUGCUAAGCCAUCAGUUCCAGUUGCGGUAUCAUCAUCAUCACCAUCAUCGCCAACAACUGUUGCUGCAGUUUCAACCUCAUCCUCAACCUCACCAGCUGUCCCACCGGCAGUCACCAACCCGGCUUCAUCAGCUGCCUCAGUCUUACAAGGUGGUGCAGGAUCAGUUGGCGUCAAUUCCAUCUUGUUGUCACUUGUCGCGAUGGCCGUUGGACUUUUGUCUUAA